GCUUCAGGCGAACGCUACCUCAAUACAAUAUCAUCUCUUUUUAACAAACAAAUCAAAGAGCUCACAAGUCACACCCGCAAACAACCAAUCAUGCUCUCCAAACACCUCUUGUCCCUCACCUCUCUCCUCCUCCCAUUCCUAACCCACGCCGACGAACCCCAAAACUUCGACGGCUCAACCUCCCUCUCGACCCCAGCAUACCUCUUCCCCGGCACCGACUCCACAAUCCCGAUCCUCAACCUCGGCGCCGCGGCCGCGGCCUCGUGCGCCAUCGGCCAGAAACCCUGCGACAACGGCUGUAUCCCCGUCACCGGAUCAUGCUGUGGCACGGGAUCGGGCGGAUACUGCGAGGUGGGCAAGUACUGCACCUCAGGCGGCUGCUGCCAAAACGGCAAGACGUGUUCCGGUCCGCCGCAGGGGUGUUCUGCUGGCAAAGUGCUUUGCAAUGGGCUUUGUAUCCCCUCCGGCGCGGUAUGUUGUUCAAAUGGAGGGUACUGCGAUGCCGGGAAGACGUGUACUGGUGAUGGGUUCUGUUCUGGCGGUAGUGGAGGCGGGGGAGAAGGUAGUUCUUGUGGGAACGGGCAGAUGUUGUGUGGGACUGGGUGUAUGCCUUCGGGACAGACUUGUUGUCAGACGUAUUACUGUCCUGCUGGAAACACUUGUGUGGGCGAUAAACGGUGCAAUAGCGGAGGAGGAGGAGGUGGUGGUGGUGGUGGAGGAAGCCAGUGUGCGGCUGGUCAGACUCCUUGCGGCUCGGGAUGUAUGCCGGCCGGGCAAGUCUGCUGCGAUACAUACUUCUGCGACGCCGGAGAGACGUGUAUGGGAAAUAAGAAGUGCAAUAAGGGUAGCAGCGGCGGCGGCGGCGGAGGAGGAGGUGGUGGUGAUACCAGCGCGACAUCCAGUUUGCUCGCAACGAUACCUGGUAGCGAAGCGGGCACGACGUCUCUGAGAGAUUUCCCUCAGCCCACGCAGACACUUGAUGGCGGUGAUGAUGGGCCGACAUCAUCGUCGUCAAGAUCUUCGUCGUCGACAACGAGGUCGGGGACAACCACGACAAGCGCGGCACCGACAUCGACGUCAGCCCAGGCUGCAGCAUUCUUGGGACGAUAUCUUGACGGCUCCUUCUUGAUUGCGGGCCUCCUCGUUGCAGCGCCGCUAGUUAUCUGAGAAUCAGCUGGAAGUAGUACAUUCCAGGAGUAAGAACGACAAAUGAGUAACGCGAGUGUGCCACUAAAUAUCAAGAGAAUAAGUCUAUAAUUUGAAUCAUAUUCCUUAACCAAGUCUCGCUCCCUA